AUGGCACCGCGUAGGCGACCUUCGUCUAGAUCAACUCGGGAUGGGACAGGUGUUUUCCCUGAGCAACCCGAGGCGAGCGGAGAUCCGGUGCUUCGCGAGCAGAUGAGUACGCUCAUGGGCGUAGUGCUGCGACAGGAGGAGCAGAUCAAGGAGCUCCAUGAGUUGUUAGCACGACAGAUUGCGGCGGCUGCGCCGGUAGCAGCGUGCCGUGUAUCGACGGGAGUGGCGAUGGAUUCAGGGGUAGUGGCCUCUGAUUCUGUGGAAGUGGAGGCGGAGAAAGAGCGGGCUUUGGCGGCCCUUAUGACCUUCAAGAAGUUUGAUCCGCCUGUCUUCGAUGGAGAGAAUGUUGAUCCAUGGAUCGUGGAGAUGUGGAUUGACUCUAUGGAAACGCUCUUUGAGGAGCUGUACGCCUUGGAGCGGGACAAGGUGCCCCUAGCCGUGCACUGUUUGAAGUUGUCGGCAAAAGUGUGGUGGAAAAGCAUUCGACGGAAUCGAUCGCCUAGUCUCCCUCCUAUGGCAUGGGAUGAGUUUCGGGGAUUGGUGUUUUCGACUUACUUUCCCGACACUGAAAAGAGAAAGCUUCAGGACAGGUUCAGGAAGCUGCGGCAAGGAGGCCGCUCAGUGGGAGAGUAUGAACGGGAAUUCUCUCGUAUCGUGAAUUGUGUCCCGGAUGUGGUACGGGAUGACAAGGAUAUGGCCGAUUGGUUCCUACAUGGACUUCGACCGGAGAUUUACGAGAGGGUGCAAAUCCUUAGGCUCACGACCUUCACGGAGGUGUUGGAUCGAGCGUUGUUGGCAGAGCACGGUGAUGCUUUCGUGCGCGAGAAGCACGAGUCUUCUGAGCGUCAGCGGGGAGGGGUGAAGCCACUAUCGAGAGAUUCGGGUGGACAAUCAAGUUCCAAGCGCCACUCGAAGUCGUUCUCUAGCCGAUCCUCCCCAGGAUGCGUGAUUUGUGGUGGUUCCUACUAGGCUCGGCGGUGUGUGCUGCGCGAUGGUAGAUGCCUUCGUUGCGGGCAGCCGGGCCAUGUACGGGACGAGUGUCCGCAAGGGUAUAAUCAGACCCUGACACGGGCGACGGCCUUUUCCUCCCCAGGACAGCCUACAGGUGUGCUACCUGCGGCAUGGCCGGAAGCGCGACCGUUGAGGAUGAUGCCACCGAGGGGCUCGCGGCGGGCAGCGGGUGACCGUGGAUACGCGACCCAGGUGGAGGAACCUACUACUGCUGACACUGUCAUGGCAGGUUCGCACGUGAGCGGCGCGGCGGCGCGAUGCAAGGGCGUAGCU